UAUUCCACAGUUAAUAUAUUUUGCAACUUUCCUUAUGACUUGCUUCUAUUGAACACUGUUAAACAAUGAAGAAGUGUAUACUGGUUUGUAUAUCAGCGCUUGCUAUCCUGACAGGAUUUGCAGAGAGUGGCAAUUCAUUUGAAACAAUCAAGCUUCAAGGCAUAGGAUUUAACGGAUUCAAACAUACAGCUGCGUUUACGAGAAUAUUAGGCGUAGGAGAUCUGUUCUGGCUAUUCUGGCCGAGCCUUGCCGAUGACUCCACCACUCGGCCUUUGAUAGUAUGGCUAGAUGGCGUGACAGGCGUACCGCCAAGUCUACGGGCUAAUUUCGAAAUGUUCGGACCGUUUGGAACAAAUUUGAGAAGACAAGAUUCAUGGGUUAAUUACUUCAAUUUGUUGUUAAUCGAUGCUCCAGUCGGCACAGGAUAUAGCAAAGCGGAAGAUGAGAAUAACAUAUCCACAAAUUUUGAGGAUCAUGUUGAUGAUUUAGUUAGUGUUCUAAAAUCGUACUAUGAGAUACAUAAGGAGUAUACAAACACACCAGUUUAUGUUUUCGGACAAGGACACGGAGCACAAUUUGCGGUUGCAUUAGCAGCUCGUCUCGCUGAGAAAAGCCAGUUUAGUAAUGUUAUAAAAGGUGUUGGUAUUGGCAAUGGAAUAAUAUCUCCAGCGCUAGCGUUGACUAAAAUAGGUUUCUAUCUUGAAGAGUUCGGAAAAAUCGAUGGUGAUGGACGAAGAGUGGUCGAAAAUUAUUCCAAUAAAAUAAAUAGACUUACUAAUAAUGGGCUGUACGGAGAAGCGUUCGACUUAUUUUUAUCAAUAAAGAAAGUCAUUAAUGUAAAUGCUGGUGCGGCUGGGAUAAACCUUGAUGAUAUUGCUGAAAAAUUGACUCGUGAUAAAUUACAAGAAUACUUCAACAGACGUCUUAGUGCAGAACAGUACAGGCUUAUGGAAGAAACUGUUCCACCACUUCUGGGUCUGUCUGGCAAUGUGGUAUACGAUGAACAACGAGAGGCUGUCUUAAAAGCAUUUAGGAGUUCUUUUAUGAAACCAGCAGUUGAAAAAGUGGAGUACUUACUUCAAAACACAAACAUAUCAGUGACUAUUUACAAUGGAAAUUUGGAUGCGAUAUCUAAUACACCAGGUCAAUUAUUAUGGGUUGACAAUCUGCGUUGGUCUGGUCAAAACGAUUUCUUGAAUGAUGCAAGGAAGCCAUUUGUAAGAAGCCGUGGUCUUCAGGGUUAUUUCAGAAAGACGUCACGGUUGCAUUUUUACUGGAUGAACUCCGUAGGCCAAUCGGUUCCACUUGAUGGUUACUAUGGUAUGACGAGAAUUCUUCAAAUAAUUACAAACACUGUCUGAU